CCAUCUCCUUGGGCUUAUCGAACCUGCCAGGUCUCUUUUUGGGUUCCUUAGCGCUCACUUUGAUUGCUGCGCCUCUUUCCACUCUGGUUUUCUCUCUGCCUCAUCUUUCCAAAGGGAAGGCUUUGGUUUGAUACACAGGUUUUUCUGUGUAUCACUUGUUUUAUUUUUCAUUCUAUGGCUUUUCUCGUCGACUGGAUAUGCAUCGUCCAUAUUGAAGGGUUCAAUAGCUACAUCCUCCACUUCAAAAGAGGAUCAGAAGGGUGAUAAGAACCAAUCCAGUUCUACAUAUUCUGCAGAUUGGGAAAACCAUGGAUGGUUUUAUAUGUUAGUAAGAGUUGGAUUUUUCCUUUGGGUUGCUCUGCUCAAUCUAAUUACAAUUUCUUCAACUUGGGCAAGAGUAAUUGAUGUGAUGGACAGUGAGUCAGGUUCAAGAUUGUUUGGGUUCAUUGGGGCUGGUGCCACACUUGGCCAGCUAUUUGGAUCAUUAUUUGCCACGGGAAUGGCAUGGUUGGGGCCAUUUCUACUCAUAUUUGCGGCUUUGUUAAUGGAAUUUGCUGCGCAGUCAGCAAAAGGGAUAAAUCAGGAUGCAUCCCGUGACUCCCAUCUCCCCGAGGAAUUAUCUCCCAUCAGAGAAGCUGAUCCUGGUCAGCAAAGUGAGGCUGAUGCUCAUGCUGCGCAUGCCCUCAACUGUUGUUCUCAUAAGUCGUCAAAGUCUCAGCUUUGGGCUGUUUUAGAUGGACUCCAGCUUAUAAUGUCAUCAACAUACUUACUGUACGUGUCUUUGUUUCUGUGGCUGAGUGCAGUUGUCUCCUCAUUCUUUUAUUUCCAAAAAGUGAGUGUAAUUGCUGUAACUGUUACUAGCUCCAUUGGCAGAAGAAGAUUGUUUGCUCAGAUAAAUAGCUUCAUCGCGAUUUUUAUUCUUGCUGGACAACUUACCUUAACGGGUCGCAUUCUUACUACUGCCGGGGUUACCACAGCUAUUUGUGCUGCUCCGUUUGUUGCCUUCUCAAAUUUGAUUGCUAUUGCCAUUUGGCCAGGUUGGGUAGCUGUUGCUGUUUCUGAGACCUUGCGAAAGGUUGUUACUUAUGUUGUGACCAGGCCUGGAAGAGAGCUUCUAUUCACUGUUGUCUCACAGGAUGAAAAAUACAAAGCCAAGUUAUGCAUAGAUGUGUUCAUUCAAAGACUUGGAGAUGCUACAGCAGCAGGGAUGUACAAGCUACUUUUUGGCUCUCUCAGUGGGAGAACAUCAAGUGUGUCAAUCUAUGCUCUGCCCGUCUGUAUGUUGUGGAUAGCUACGGCAUUCCAUUUAGGGCGCCGCCAAGCUCAGCUUUCAAAGCUCCAGGCAGUUUCUACUACCUAAAAUUUUGCUAGGAUAAAAUAUGUAUUUGUUGCAGAAUAUAGGAUAAAGAGUCUUGGUACUUCAUUGGUGUAGCCUUUAUCUUUUUCCGCGAUAAUAGAGUCAUUGACGGUCGUUCAUUCAUCAUGGAUGAGGCACAAAAAGAGCGAGAGCGUGUAGCCAGUGGCCGCUCCCAGACAUGUGAUGCAUUUACGUCAUUGCUCAUUUCAACUAUCUAACGCACUCUUCAUUUGAUGCAUAACUUGUGCUUUAAUAGAAUGGAAGUGUUUCUAUCCA